UUUAUUCCCGUGCGAGAGAAGCGGACGCAGGAGCCCGCGGGUCCCGGCAUCAGUGUGCGGAUCCUUUCCCGCGUCCUGCAGCAUGCAGCUCUCCCGUGCGCUGGCCGCGCUGUGCGGCGUGUUGCUCUGCGCCUCCGGCCUCCUUGCCGUGUCCGGUGACUUCUGUGACUCCGGCCAGUGCCUGAAUGGUGGGACCUGCUUGAUGGGCCAAGACAAUGACAUCUUCUGCAUCUGCCCCGAGGGCUUCACAGGCUCUGUGUGCGAAGAGAAGGAGACAGGACCCUGCUUUCCAAACCCUUGCCUCAGUGGUGGCCUGUGCCAAGUGACCGGGGACAAACAGCGAGGAGACAUCUUCACUCAGUACAUCUGCGAAUGCCCUCUGGGCUACUCGGGCACCCACUGUGAGACCAGUUGCACUACAAAGCUGGGCAUGGAAGGGGGCGCCAUUGAGGACUCACAGAUUUCUGCCUCGUCUAUGUAUGUGAGUUUCCUGGGCUUGCAGCGCUGGGGCCCGCAGCUGGCUCGCCUGCACCGCACUGGCAUCGUCAACGCGUGGACAUCCAGCAACUAUGACCCGAAACCCUGGAUCCAGGUGAACCUUCUGCGGAAGAUGCGGGUGUCGGGUGUGAUGACGCAGGGCGCCAGCCGCGGGGGGAGGGCAGAAUACCUGAAGACCUUCAAGGUGGCCUAUAGCCUCGAUGGACGCAAGUUCGAGUUUAUCCAGGAUGCAGCUGGAUCUGGAGACAAGGAGUUUGUGGGGAACGUGGACAACGAUGGCCUGAAGGUGAACAUGUUCAGCCCCGCUCUGGAGGCACAGUACAUACGGCUCUACCCCGUCUCAUGGUACCGAGCCUGCACCCUUCGCUUCGAGCUCCUGGGCUGUGAGUUGCAUGGAUGUUCUGAGCCCCUGGGCUUGAAGAAUAACUCGAUUCCUGACAGCCAGAUAACAGCCUCCAGCACCUACAGGACUUGGAACGUGCCUGCCUUUGGCUGGUACCCCCACUUUGGGCGGCUGGACAAGCAGGGCAAGAUCAAUGCCUGGACUGCCCAGAGCAACAAUGACAAACAGUGGCUGCAGGUUGACCUGGGCACUGAGAAGGAAGUGACCGGAAUCAUCACCCAGGGGGCCCGUGACUUUGGCAACUUCCAGUACGUGGCAUCCUACAAGGUGGCCUACAGUAAUGACGGUGUGCAGUGGACCGUGUAUGAGGAACAAGGGAUCAGCAAGGUCUUCCAAGGCAACUCGGACAACAACACGCACAAGAAGAACAUUUUUGAGACCCCCUUCAGGGCCCGCUACGUGCGUGUCCUUCCGGUGUCCUGGCAUAACCGCAUCACUCUGCGCCUGGAGCUGCUAGGCUGUUAGUGCUCGGUCCUUCCAGCCCGAACGACCGACUGGAAGGGCCAGAGGCUGAGUCCUCCCAGCCCUGCCUCCUGGGCCCUGCUGCCUUCUGUGUGUGGCUGACUGCCUUCUCAGCCCUUCCUCCUGAUUGUACUGGGGCCGGAAGCAGGAGGCGGGACAGGGGGUCAGACUUGCCCUUCACCCUUGUCCUCCCUCACCCUGCAGCCUCCACAGGCCUCCCGCUAGCCCCUUUUCUCAGGCGUUCUGGGGGAGUUGGAUAGGUCUGAGAUGAAGAGGGAAGAAGAGUCAAGUCCGGGUCUGUGAACUGUAUCUCUACCAACUGCCCCAAGUCCUAAACUCCCUGCCAGGGCUUGACUCAAGACUGCAGGGACCCCUGGUUCCCCGCCCCUCUCUGCACACCACACAUUCCCCCCCCCCCCCCCCCGUGUUCCAUUCCAGGCCUCCAGGAAGAGGAGGCCCAUGCCUGCUUGCUGCCCCUCGGGUCGUCAGCUGCUGAGACCCCUCCUGACCCUUGCUCUGGAGCCUCAGAUGACAAGGGGACUGGGAGGGGAGGGACAGGUGGGCUCUGGCUGGUUGGCUAAGCUGGAUGCGGGGCCUCUGCUGGCUUGCUACCCAAGCUGAUAGGCAGACUCCAAAAUACAUUUGUGUUCGCCACUGGGA